GAACAACCGCACCUGAUUGACACACGAUAAAUCUCGUGAUUGUUUUGGCCUUUCGUUAGAACAAAAGUGAAACGAAAUGGCGGAUCUUAAAAAGUUGUCGGUGAAAAACACCUUCAGCCGUUGGGCUCGGAGGAAAACUUACGGGCUGGAAGAAGCGGAUCCGAAUGCCGGACAUGGAACUACAGCGUUGGCCAAAGUGCUCAACACCUUCGAUUUGACCCUUUUGGGUGUCGGCAGUACAUUGGGUGUUGGCAUUUACGUCUUGGCCGGUUCUGUUGCCCUCGACACGGCCGGUCCAGCUGUUUGCAUUUCAUUCAUGGUAGCGGCCAUCGCAUCCGCAUUCGCAGCAAUGUCGUAUGCGGAAUUUGGUGCCCGUGUACCCAAAGCCGGUUCUGCUUAUAUUUACAGCUACGUCACCGUUGGUGAAUUCAUCGCCUUUGUCAUUGGCUGGAAUUUGAUCCUCGAAUAUCUUAUUGGCACGGCUAGCGUGGCUCGAGCCUUUAGCGCUAAUUUGGAUGCUUUGACCAAUUACACAAUGAGCCAGGCGUUCCAGGAGACGUUUCCGCUUAACUCACCAGGCUUCUCCCCUUAUUUCGACUUCUUUUGCUUGACCGUCACUCUUGCUCUGGCAGUACUUCUGGGGCUGGGAGUCCGCUCAUCGGCCAUCUUCACAAACAUUUUCACGUUUGUUAAUAUUACCGUAGUUAUUUUUGUCAUCAUAGGAGGUUCUAUUAACGCCGAUCCGAACAAUUGGCGUAUUCCAGCUGAACAAGUACCGGAAGGUUUCGGCACUGGAGGUUUCUUUCCUUAUGGAUUCUCCGGAGUAAUGGCUGGUGCCGCAAAAUGCUUCUUCGCUUUCGUUGGUUUCGAUUCCAUCGCGUCUACGGGAGAAGAGGCCAAGAACGCCAAAAAAUCCAUCCCUUUCAGUAUCAAUUUGACGCUCAUCAUCGUCUUUUUCGCCUAUUUUGGCGUUUCCACCGUUAUUACACUUAUGCUGCCCUACUAUCUUCAGGAUCCCAACACACCAUUGGUAUACGCUUUUGAGCAGAUUGGCUGGGACAUUGCAGCCAUGACAAUCAGCAUUGGGUCCCUGUUUGGGCUAGCUGCAAGUUUGUUGGGAGCCAUGAUUCCUCUUCCGCGCGUGAUUUAUGCCAUAGCCAAGGAUGGACUCAUGUUCCGUUUUCUGGCCAAAAUUAACCCAAGAUUCCAGACGCCCGUCAUUGCCACAGCCGUUUCAGGAGUUUUGGCAGCCGUCCUUGGAUCUCUUUUCGAUUUGGACUCAUUGGUGGACAUGAUGAGCAUUGGCACUCUACUAGCUUAUACGUUGGUGGCUAUUAGCGUUCUCAUUUUACGCUAUGAAGCGGCUGAAGUGGACCUUCUUGCAAUGAACGGUGAAGUGGACAAGGAAUCCCGAAUGCCAUGGCAACGAUUGCCUACCAAGCAGUCGUCUAGAAAAGCAAUUUAUUCGACUGUUGCCUACUGUAUUCUUUCCCUCAUCCUUUGCGGGAUGUUCGUUCUGCUGGAAGACAACACCAGUCCUUGGGUGCUUUUCGGAGUUGGAAUCAGUUUUGGACCGAUGGUGAUGCUUGUUAUUUAUCUCAUCAUGCUUCCUCGUUCGAGAAUCCCGCUGUACUUUAAAGUACCUGGCGUUCCCGUCGUUCCGUGUCUUUCCGUCAUUAUCAAUACCUACCUCAUGUUAAAACUAGACGGUGCUACUUGGAUCCGUUUCGGUGUCUGGAUGGCCAUUGGUUUCCUGCUCUAUUUUGGCUACGGAAUGUGGAACAGCUCUGAAGAAUACAUCCGAAGAGGCAAAAUUCCACCUGGCGGUACGGCUCCUUUGCCGGAUAAGAAUACAGUGAACGCCGUUGCGUCCGUCACAACCACCGCUAGCAUUGGGUUCGUUCCAGAUCCGACCAAUAAGAAAAUGUCUCUAACUCGUCUUGUACCUGUAACAUCGUUGGACGAUGAUGACCUUCACGACAAACAGCACGAUGCGCAUCAAGAGAAAGGAAAUGAAGACGAAGCUGCGAAAGCUUUUGCCCUGGCCAACCUCAAGGCCCACGAAGAAGCUCAAGAGCUUUUCGACAAAGCCCGAUUGGAGAAAGAACAGGCUAUUUUUAUGGCGGCCAUGCUUCAUUCUCACGAGCUCUCCGAGCAAGUGUUUCAACAAUUGAGGGCUGAGAAAGAGGCGGAGCAAAUGGAAUUGCAAAAAAAUAUGGCCGUUGUUGCCCAGCAAGUCGCAGAGCUUCAUAACAGUUUGGAACAAAUCUUCGCCACCAUCGGCAAAGAGCAGCAAGUGGCUGUUGAUGCGAUAUCGGAGAAACCACCACUUACUCCACGUCCAGCUGGUCCGUUAGUUGCCAUUAUGCAAGAGCUAAAAACCAAGACGCCAGUCAUCGAUCCGACCGAGGAAAGCGAUAAGGGGGAUAAUUUGGGCGUUGGAGAACAUGGCAGAGCAAUUCCGAUUUCCGAAACUACUCCGGUUUCAUCAGGUGCAAGCCCAAUAGGACAUCGUACGCCACUGGACUCCCCAGGAAGUGAAAGGAAAGCUUCCAACACUUCGUCCGAAUUGAUGUUGAACGAGUUGAAAAAAGCUUUUAAUUCCGCCCUGGCCGCUCAUCCGUCUGACGGUGAUGACGACGGCGUCUCUGUCGAAAACGUCAGUAUUACGCCGAGCGCUAUUGCUCACCGUCGUGAAUCACCUGGCCUUAUAACUGAAAAUGAUUCGGCUGCCGCGGAGGCACAUUAGCCAUUUCUUAUGUUUCUUACAGCUAUUUAGUGACUUGAAAAGAUGUAUUGAGAUGAUCACUAAAAGGUAAACACACCUUGUUCAAUGAAAGCCUCUGCUAAAUCAAUAUACAUUUUGCUUAUUGUG